AUGGAUGACGGCCAGUCUGACAGGCGCUGCCCCCAGCCAGGCCGCCCCUGCAGCCCCCUGUCUCUAGGUCUCCUGCAGAUGCAGCUGAUCCUGCACUACGACGAGACCUACCGAGAGGUGAAGUAUGGCAACAUGGGGCUGCCCGACAUCGACAGCAAGAUGCUCAUCGGCAUCAACGUGACGCCCAUCGCGGCCCUCCUCUACACACCUGUGCUCAUCAGGUUUUUUGGCACCAAGUGGAUGAUGUUUCUGGGCGUGGGCAUCUAUGCCCUCUUUGUCUCCACCAACUACUGGGAACGCUACUACACACUUGUGCCCUCAGCCGUGGCCCUGGGCAUGGCCAUCGUGCCUCUUUGGGCCUCCAUGGGCAACUACAUCACCAGGAUGGCCCAGAAGUACUACGAGUACUCCCACUACAAGGAGCGGGAUGAGCAGGGCCCGCAGCAGCGCCCGCCGCGGGGCUCCCACGCGCCCUAUCUCCUAGUCUUCCAAACCAUCUUCUAUAGCUUCUUCCAUCUGAGCUUCGCCUGCGCCCAACUGCCCAUGAUCUACUUCCUGAAUCACUACCUGUAUGACCUGAACCACACUCUGAGCAGUGUGCACAGCUGCGGUACCAACAGCCAGGGUAUCCUCAGCGGCUUCAACAAGACGGUCCUCAAGUCGCUGCCGCGGAGCCGAAACCUCAUUGUGGUGGAGAGCGUGCUCAUGGCCGUGGCCUUCGUGGCCAUGCUGCUGGUGCGGCCCACGGAGGAGAUCGACCUGCGCAGCGUGGGCUGGGGCAACAUCUUCCAGCUGCCCUUCAAGCACGUGCGCGACUUCCGCUUGCGCCACCUCGUGCCCUUCUUCAUCUACAGCGGCUUCGAGGUGCUCUUUGCUUGCACGGGCCUCGCGCUGGGCUAUGGCGUGUGCUCCGUGGGGCUGGAACGCCUGGCCUAUCUCCUCGUGGCUUAUGGCCUGGGCGCCUCCGCCUCCUCACUCCUGGGCCUGCUGGGGCUGUGGCUGCCGCGUCAGGUGCCUCUGCUGUCCGGGGCCGGGCUGCACCUGCUGCUCACCAUCAGCCUCUUUUUCUGGGCCCCCACACCGCGGGUCCUGCGACACAUCUGGAUCCUCUAUGUAGCAGCCAUCCUCUGGGGUGUGGGCAGUGGCCUCAACAAGACCGGGCUCUCCACACUGCUGGGCAUCCUGUACGAGGACAAAGAGAGGCAAGACUUCAUCUUCACCAUCUACCACUGGUGGCAGGCAGUGGCCAUCUUCGUUGUGUACCUGGGCGCCAGCCUGCCCAUGAAGGUGAGGCUGAGUGGGCUGGGGGAGGGCCUCUGGGGCAUUCGGCACCCACCAUCCCCCAGCUCAGGCAACAUCCCGUCCGAGUGCCCGCCCUGGCCUCGUAGCCCCGGAAGGGCACCACUCACCAAGGGUUGGCCCCAAACCCAGACUUCACGUGCUGCCUCACCUCCUGAGGGCCUCAGUUUACCCCUGGCAGAGGGGUUCACAGUUUGCUCUUUGCCUGUGGGGCAUCCCAGCCGCCUUGUGUGUCGCUGGGUAACCUGCUCACCAGGUGUCGGGCUCUGAGAGGGAUGCUGAAGGUGCGUCUCCCUUUCUGGCCAUGGGAGCAGGGUCCUCAUGCUCUGCUCCCACUCAGCGGGUGGGUCGGUUUAGCAGGUCCUUCCUGACC